AUGUCUGAUUUAGAAGAUCAUGGAGUACACCAAGAGGAGGAAGAUGAGCAUGGAGAAGGAGGAGAACGACCAAAGCACAAGCCGGUUGCUACGCAGCUCGCUCCUCCGAAAAUCCCUGAGGGCGAGCGGGUGGACUUUGAUGAUAUCCACAGGAAGCGCAUGGAAAAAGACCUUCUAGAGCUCCAGACCUUGAUCGAUGUCCACUUUGAGCAGAGGAAAAAAGAAGAGGAGGAGCUCAUCGGACUCAAAUCGAGGAUUGAAAGUCGCCGGGCAGAAAGAGCCGAGCAGCAGCGAGUGAGGGCCGAAAAAGAGCGUGACAGACAGACCAAGAUCGCGGUGGAGAGGCAAAGGAAGGAGGAGGAGGAGGCCAAGAAGAGGGCGGAAGAUGAAGCCAAGAAGAAGAAAGUGCUGUCUAACAUGGGCGCUCACUUUGGAGGAUUCUUGGCCAAGGUGGAGCAGAGGCGGGGCAAAAAGCAAACGGCAAGGGAAAUCAAGAAAAAGACGCUUUCUGAGAGGAAACAGCCGCUUGUCAUUGAUGACUUAAGAGAGGACGCGCUCAGAAAAAAAGCCAGCGAGAUGUGGGAGUGCAUCUACCAGCUAGAAUCUGAGAAAUUUGACUUAUCUGAGAAAAUGAAGAAGCAGAAAUAUGAGAUCAACGUCCUCCUGAACAGAAUCCAACACGCUCAAAAGUUCAAAAAGAGCCACGGUAAGGGGAAGGUUGGAGGACGCUGGAAGUGA